UACUUCCGCAUAAUGGUGGACAUCGGCGAGGAAAACCUUACUCUUCGAAUAGAAGCACAGGAAGUUGUCAAAGAGGUCGCAUACGCUGUUGAUUACGUAGAAAUAGCAAAAGAUCUUCCAAAUGGCGACAAAGUAAUUCACCUAAACCUCAGGACGCAAGAGGAACAGGAGUUCAGCGUAGAGCUCACUGACCAAGGGUUCCGGGUUGUGGGUAACAAGUUUAACAUUGUGGAUGAGACUGCCAGUUCCCAAUACUUUGAAACUAUAUAUGCCCUGUUGGAUCAUCAUAGUCCAAAGUACAGGAAAUCAUUUGGAGAUGCCCUCCUGCGUAAACUGGAAAACCUGCAGAUGUCUCGAGAAGAAUCAGAUGAUGAAGACAAUAGGGAGAGAAGUGGGCAAUGUAACAACAACUCCUAGCAGAGCUUGAUGGUCGGCCAAAGAUAUAUUGAGGGAAUUUUGCUUGAAUACAAGCAGAGCUACAACAUGGAUGUACUUCUUGGUGCUGAAAUAACUUCUGCCAAAUGUUUGUGUCUUUCAUUGUUGUAAUGUGGAGUAGUUUAACAUCAAUUCUGAGGAUGCCAUACUUACAGCCCAGCUCAUGUGUGGUGAUACUUACAGCACAACUCCUGGGGAGUGAUACUUACAGCACAACUCCUGGGGAGUGAUACUUACAGCACAACUCCUGGGGAGUGAUACUUACAACACAACUCCUGGGGAAUGAUACUUACAACGCAACUCCUGGGGAGUGAUACUUACAACGCAACUCCUGGGGAGUGAUACUUACAGCACAACUCCUGGGGAGUGAUACUUACAGCACAACUCCUGUGGAGUGAUACUUACAUCACAACUCCUGGGGAGUGAAACUUACAUCACAACUCCUGGGGAGUGAUACUUACAUCACAACUCCUGGGGAGUGAUACUUACAUCACAACUCCUGGGGAGUGAUACUUACAUCACAACUCCUGGGGAGUGAUACUUACAUCACAACUCCUGGGGAGUGAUACUUACAACACAACUCCUGGGGAGUGAUACUUACAUCACAACUCCUGGGGAGUGAUACUUACAACACAACUCCUGGGGAGUGAUACUUACAUCACAACUCCUGGGGAGUGAUACUUACAGCACAACUCCUGGGGAGUGAUACUUACAGCACAACUUCUGUAUGUUGAUACUUACAGCACAACUCCUGGGGAGUGAUACUUACAGCACAACUUCUGUAUGUUGAUACUUACAGCACAACUCCUGUAUGUUGAUACUUACAGCAUGCCGCUGUUUGGUGCUUCCAUGGGAUGAGACUGAAAACACAGCACCUGUGGUGCUAACUGUUACAUAGUUAGUACAUGUUGAUAUGCUAGUUGAAUGUUAGUAUAUACUGAUGUGCUCCCCAGGGUGUAAGUACACAUACUGAUGUGCUCCCCAGGGUGUUAGUACAUGCUGAUGUCCUCCCCAGGGUGUUAGAACAUACUGAUGUCCUCCCCAGGGUGUUAGUACAUGCUGAUGUCCUCCCCAGGGUGUUAGUACAUACUGAUGUCCUCCCCAGGGUGUUAGAACAUACUGAUGUCCUCCCCAGGGUGUUAGUACAUACUGAUGUCCUCCCCAGGGUGUUAGUACAAACUGAUAUCCUCCCCAGGGUGUUAGUACAUACUGAUGUCCUCCCCAGGGUGUUAGUACAUACUGAUGUCCUCCCCAGGGUGUUAGUACAUACUGAUGUCCUCCCCAGGGUGUUAGUACAUACUGAUAUCCUCCCCAGGGUGUUAGUACAUACUGAUGUCCUCCCCAGGGUGUUAGAACAUACUGAUGUCCUCCCCAGGGUGUUAGUACAUACUGAUGUCCUCCCCAGGGUGUUAGUACAAACUGAUAUCCUCCCCAGGGUGUUAGUACAUACUGAAGACCAAGGGAGUUGAUAUUCGGUAUGUUGCAAGUUUGGGUGAAGGACAAACAAGUUUGUUUAAAUGAAUGACCUUGAUCUACAGUCAAGGUCACAGGCAUCAAAUAGCAUAAAAUCUUGAAACAACUUCUUCUCAAUAACUGUUAUGCCUAGAGACCAAAUGUUGUGUCUGUAGCACGCUGGGGUAAAGGGCUACCUUGUUUGUAGAAAUGAAUGACCUUGACCUACAUUCAGGUCACAAUAAAUCUUUAUGAAUGAAUUCUCGAUAGCAAUAGACUCUGAGAACUGAUAUUGGGGCAAAAGUACGCUUUAAUGAAGAACUACAAAUUUAUUGACAUGAAUAAAACUAGCCUACUCUGAUAUUUGAAUAUAGUAAUAAUCAGCUUAGUAUCUGACCUAGAUCCACUUUGAUGUUUUUCUAGAAGCAGGUGAGCGAUACAGCCCCAUUGGGCCUCUUGUUUAUAUUUGUAGAAUGUCUUUUUUUAAUAGUCAGCAUUGCUUAUUCAUUAUAGGUGAGAUCUUCUUAUUUAACAUCUAGUUAAUGAUAUUGCAUUUUGAUAUCUCAUGAAGUUUAAUUAUAUACAGUACAGUUUUCAUGCUACCCGAGGACUUCAGCUGAGGAACAGUUGUUGUGAUGACAGAGUCGAAGAAAUGGUGUGAUGAUGAUGUCAGAUUUAUACAAAAUUUUAUCAGAUCAUCAGAUGUACACAUGGUGUGAUGAUGACAUCAGAUGUACACAUGGUGUGACGAUGACAUCAGAUGUACACAUGGUGUGAUGAUGACAUCAGAUGUACACAUGGUGUGAUGGUGACAUCAGAUGUACACAUGGUGUGAUGGUGACAUCAGAUGUACACAUGGCGUGACGAUGACAUCAGAUGUACACAUGGUGUGAUGAUGACAUCAGAUGUACACAUGGUGUGAUGAUGACAUCAGAUGUACACAUGGUGUGAUGGUGACAUCAGAUGUACACAUGGUGUGACGAUGACAUCAGAUGUACACAUGGUGUGACGAUGACAUCAGAUGUACACAUGGUGUGACGAUGACAUCAGAUGUACACAUGGUGUGAUGAUGACAUCAGAUGUACACAUGGUGUGAUGAUGACAUCAGAUGUACAGGUGUGAUGAUGACAUCAGAUGUACACAUGGUGUGAUGGUGACAUCAGAUGUACACAUGGUGUGAUGGUGACAUCAGAUGUACACAUGGUGUGAUGGUGACAUCAGAUGUACACAUGGUGUGACGAUGACAUCAGAUGUACACAUGGUGUGACGAUGACAUCAGAUGUACACAUGGUGUGACGGUGACAUCAGAUGUACACAUGGUGUGACGGUGACAUCAGAUGUACACAUGGUGUGACGGUGACAUCAGAUGUACACAUGGUGUGACGGUGACAUCAGAUGUACACAUGGUGUGAUGGUGACAUCAGAUGUACACAUGGUGUGAUGGUGACAUCAGAUGUACACAUGGUGUGACGAUGACAUCAGAUGUACACAUGUACGUAUGUAGUUAAUUUGAUUUUGGAUGGUAAAUAAUUCAUGUAUUUUUAACAUAAAGAGUCAUGGUCAUCACCCUUCUUGAUUUUUUUUUAAUUAUUUAAAUAACAUUUAAAUGUAUUUUGAAAACUGAUUAAAUUGGUAAGAUUUGUUACAUACUUUUACAUGCACAUUGUACUUGCCUUUUACUGUUAAAGAAUUUUUAUAUGGUUGUAUGGUGGAAUGUAUUUAUAUGUUAAAUUUGGCAAUUUUGACAUUGUCAUAUUACACAGCAUUGAUAAAACCACAUCUAUAGUUAGAGUUAUGUCCCUUUGAUUAAAUACUUUUAAUGUACAAGCUACCAAACUGAUUUUAAUGAACACAGAUUUUCAGUAUUUAAUUUAUUUUUGCACCAGUAUAUAUGAGUGUAAAAUGUGUGUUUAUUGUAGAGGAGCUUAUACCCACCUGAACAGAGGGAUGUAUAUACAUAUUUUUUACUUAGUUAUACUGGUUUACUGCCUACAUGACUCUACCUAUAGCUAAGUUUCAUCUCACUAAUAAUUGUCAGUGUUCUGUCAGAAUGGAGGUAAACAUAUAGACAAUCUAUAGUGUAUAUACAUUGAGUCAGGUUAUGUAGCAGCUUUUGAUAUUUCUUGCUAGGCGAUUUGGUGCUGUAGUUAGUGAGUUUGAGGCCCAGGUGGCGCACAUUUAAAAAUGUCUUCCUUUUGGCAGUUGUGUUUCUAUGUUUAUUAUCUUAAUUUCGAAAUGCAAUGUGUUUAUGGAUUAAAGUUAUGAACUUCCUGUUGUUGACCUGUGGAUUUGAGGUGUGGACUUCCUGUUGUUGAUAUGUAGAUUAAAGGUGUGGACUUCCUGUUCUUCAUCUGUGGAUUAAAGGUGUGGACUUCCUGUUGUUUAUCUGUGGAUUAAAGGUCUGAACUUCCUGUUGUUUAUCUGUGGAUUAAAGGUGUGAACUUCCUGUUGUUUAUCUGGGAUUAAAGGUGUGAACUUCCUGUUGUUUAUCUGUGGAUUAAAGGUGUGGACUUCCUGUUCUUCAUCUGUGGAUUAAAGGUGUGAACUUCCUGUUGUUUAUCUGUGGAUUAAAGGUGUGGACUUCCUGUUGUUUAUCUGUGGAUUAAAGGUGUGGACUUCCUGUUGUUUAUCUGUGGAUUAAAGGUGUGAACUUCCUGUUGUUUAUCUGUGGAUUAAAGGUGUGGACUUCCUGUUGUUGAUCUGUGGAUUAAAGGUGUGAACUUCCUGUUCUUCAUCUAUGGAUUAAAGGUGUGGACUUUCUGUUGUUGAUCUGAGGAUUAAAUGUGUGGAUUCCUGUUGUUGAUCUGUGGAUUAAAGGUGCGAACUUCUUGUUGUUUAUCUGUGGAUUAAAGGUGUGAACUUUGUGUUGUUGAUCUGUGGAUUAAAGGUGUGAACUUUGUGCUGUAAUUGUCUGAUACAGACUGCUUAGUGUAUACUUUUGUUACUCAGGUAGAGAUUUUCAUGGGAGAUUUCUUUCUCCCCACAAUACUUUUAUCAGUAUCUGUAGUUACCUGUGUUAGAAUAUAAUAUGUUAGAAUCCUGAGGAAGUGUAAAAGAUUUAUGGUAUUUGAGUUUUUGAUACUCAUAUUUAGUUUAUUAUUUGGGGUUAUAUAAAGAUAUAUUUAAAUCUGUCUGUGUAAUACUGUUUUAGUAGAAUAGUUACUAGAUCUGUUUCACUUAUUCUAAGUUUUAUUUACAUGGUUAACACAAUAAUCAUUGUAUAUUUCAUUUUUGUGUUUUUGUGACCUAGUGAUUUCUUUAGCUCUAUACACAGUAUCUUUGUUAAUCUCCACACCGGUGAAAUCUUUAAGAGUUACGUGGAACCUUGUUCAGCCCAAGCCAUGUACUCUGUAUGUUAUGAUCCUAUUCACUAUCAUAACUAACCAGAAAACCAUGAAUAUUCCUAAAACUAUACUCAUAUUACUAUACAUACACACAAACAGGUGUACUACAUACUGUGCACAUCUGAUGUCUGUGGUCUAUAUUGAGUCUGUGGUCUGUAUAGAGUCAGAUGUUUGUGGUCUGUCUGGAGUCUGAUGUCUGUGGUCUGUAUGGAGUCUGAUGUCUGUGGUCUGUCUGGAGUCUGAUGUCUGUGGUCUGUCUGGAGUCUGAUGUCUGUGGUCUGUAUGAAGUCAGAUGUUUGUGGUCUGUCGGGAGUCUGAUGUCUGUGGUCUGUCGGGAGUCUGAUGUUUGUGGUCUGUCUGGAGUCUGAUGUCUGUGGUCUGUAUGGAGUCUGAUGUCUGUGGUCUGUAUGGAGUCUGAUGUCUGUGGUCUGUCGGGAGUCUGAUGUCUGUGGUCUGUCGGGAGUCUGAUGUCUGUGGUGUGUCGGGAGUCUGAUGUCUGUGGUGUGUCGGGAGUCUGAUGUCUGUGGUCUGUAGGGAGUCUGACGUCUGUGGUCUGUCGGGAGUCUGAUGUUUGUGGUCUGUAGGGAGUCUGACGUCUGUGGUCUGUCGGGAGUCUGAUGUUUGUCGUCUGUAGGGAGUCUGUGGUCUGUAUAUGGAGUCUGGUCUGUAGGGAGUCUGACGUCUGUGGUCUGUAGAGAGUCUGAUGUUUGUGGUCUGUAGAGAGUCUGAUGUUUGUGGUCUGUAGGGAGUCUGAUGUUUGUGGUCUGUAUGGAGUCUGAUGUUUGUGGUCUGUAGGGAGUCUGUGGUCUGUCUGGAGUCUGAUGUCAGUGGUCUGUAGGAAGUCUGAUGCCUGUGGUCUGUAGGGAGUCUGUGGUCUGUAGGGAGUCUGAUGUUUGUGGUCUGUAGGAAGCCUGAUGUCAGUGGUCUGUAGGAAGUCUGAUGUCUGUGGUCUGUAGAGAGUCUGAUGUCUGUGGUCUGUAUGGAGUCAGGAGUCUGUGGUCUGUCUGGAGUCUGAUGUCUGUGGUCUGUAUGAAGUCAGAUGUUUGUGGUCUGUUGGGAGUCUGAUGUCUGUGGUCUGUCGGGAGUCUGAUGUUUGUGGUCUGUAGGGAGUCUGAUGUCUGUGGUCUGUCGGGAGUCUGAUGUCUGUGGUCUGUAGGGAGUCUGAUGUCUGUAGGGAGUCCGAUGUUUGUGGUCUGUAGGGAGUCUGUGGUCUGUGGUCUCUACCUUAAAAAUAUGAAAAUAUUCCUUGCUGAAAAUGAUAAUUGGAGAGUUAUAUCAUUAUCACACAUGACAACAUGACAACAAUUAUUAUACUUACCUACUCUGUUUAAAAAAUGUUUACAAUAAAGAUACUACUAAAAGCUCCACCUUCCUGGCAGGUAAUCUCUGAACUCUAUUUACUGGUCAUCACAUGUAUGAUAUAGGGACCAAACAGUUCAGUUUAAAAUCAGACAUUAUAUAUUCGGAAUUUUAUCAACCAUCAUCAGUUGUCAUUUUGAUAUACAAAAUGUACUAGUUAAUUCAUUGCGUUUUACAUAUACAGGAAUAUAAAUCUGACAUUAAUCAAAUCUUCUCCACUGUGUCGAAAUAAUUUGUAUGUUAACCAAUUAAAGCUUAUUAGAUUUGUUAACACCAUAUACAUAAUGAUUCAGUCUAUCCCAAUACACUGUAGUAUCGUUAUCGUAGCUACUCACCGCGACGUGCCUUGGUACAGUAGAACAUGUGUUUCUUGUGUUUGCCUGUGAGGCUGUUACAUGUUUGUUGUUUUACUUGGAGAUGUUAUGUAGAUUUAUACACAUAUAUUUGCCUACAAUAUUUUUAUUUGAUACAUACUUUAAUAUGUUUAUAGAUUUUGAUGUUUAAAAUAAAUCAGUAAACUAUAAUGUGAUUCUGCUGUAAUGACAAGUGACACCCGAGUAUGGUUUUGGUUUUAGAUGGUUAAAAUAAAAUGUGAUUCUGCUGUAAAACACAAUUGAGACCCGAGUACUGUUUUGGCUUUAGGUGGUUCUAAGGCGGUUUCACUAAAAAAGAUGUACCUGUUAUUUGAUGGCCAUAUUAUUUUGUGAAAGUUUCUAUGUAGGCUUUUAAAGAUUUUAGUCUACUUACAAAAUAUAACCCUAUUGAAAAUUACAUUUACAGUACAGAUCAUGUUGUCGUGUCUGGACUCAGUAUCUGGUAGAAUCUGUCAACACAAUACUCGUUUCCAUUGAAAUGGUCAUCAGCAAACAGAAAAUUUGAGUGUGAUUUGAUCAUGAGCUGCAGUUGUAAAUUGAAAGUGUUCUUUGCAUGCUACUGGGACUCAUUUUGUUAAUUCAUUUUUAAUAAAAAUAUUGAAUUUUUGAAA